AUGACUACCACUACUAUAUCUCCCUUACCCAAAGAUCCAGCUAGUGCUAUUCGUGACCCGAAUUGGAAAAAUGCAAUGUUAGAUGAAUUUAAUGCUCUUGUUUCUAAUAAAACAUGGGUAUUGGUACCUAGGCCACCAGAUGUGAAUGUAAUCAGGUCUAUGUGUAUUUUUUGCCAUAAACGAAAAUCUAAUGGUUCUUUUGAGUGGCAUAAAGCUCGUCUUGUAGGUGAUGGGAAAACACAGCAGUCAGGUGUUGAUUAUGAUGAGACCUUUAGUCCGGUUGUCAAACCGGCUACUAUUCGUUCUGUUCUUAGCAUUGCUGUUUCUAAAUCUUGGCAUAUUCACCAAUUAGAUGUCAAGAAUGCUUUCUUACAUGGCUAUCUCAAUGAGACAGUUUAUAUGCAUCAGCCCAUGGGUUUCCGCGACAAAGGUCGCCCGGAUCAUGUGUGUUUACUAAAGAAAUCUCUCUAUGGCCUUAAACAGGCUCCGCGGGCCUGGUAUCAGCAUUUUGCAUAUUUUGUUGCCACCAUUGGUUUUUCUCACAGUAAAUCUGAUCACUCAUUAUUUACUUACAGUCAGGGCUUGGAUAUGGCAUAUAUUUUGUUAUAUGUUGAUGAUAUUAUUCUUACAGCUUCAUUAGAUCGAUUGAGAAAGCAUUUUAUGGCUCUCUUGGGUGCCGAGUUUGCUAUGAAGGAUCUAGGUCCUCUAAGCUUCUUUUUGGGGAUUGUUGUGUCCCGCGAUGCUAAUGAUAUGUUCUUAUCUCAGAAACAGUACGCCACAGAGAUCAUUGAUAGAGCUGGUAUGGCUAAUUGCAGCUCUUGUCCCAUUCCUGUUGACACCAAACCAAAACUUAGUGCAUCGAAUGAUUCACCUUAUGAGGAUCCUAGGAAGUACCACAGUCUGGCUGGUGCCUUACAAUAUCUUACCUUUACUAGACCUGACAUCUCUUAUGUAGUUCAACAAAUCUGCCUUCACAUGCAUGAUCCUAGAAACGAGCAUAUGAGUGUUAUUAAGUUUAUUUUGCGCUAUUUGCAGGGUACUUUGUCUUAUGGUCUACACUUGUAUAAAUCCUCUUUCAACAAGCUCAUUUCUUAUACUGAUGCUGGCAGGCGAGGAUGCCUGAAUACUAGACGUUCUACUUCCGGAUAUUGUGUUUUUCUAGGUGACAACUUGAUAUCAUGGUCGUCCAAAAGACAACCAACUUUGUCACGUUCCAGUGCUGAGACUGAAUAUUGA